GACAUGACUAUAUUAUUUUAUCAAAUGGAUGACAAAAAUAGGCCAACAAAGUGAAUAAAAUUUGAUCAUGUGAAUAGUGAACUUAAAGUUUAUUUGUGAACGGAGGGAGGGAGUAUAUAAUACACCCAAAUGCAUUCAUCCCCAAAUCUUAUAAUUCGAGCAGAAAUUCCUUCCUUCUUCUUCCUGAGAUCUUCAUUCACUUCAGAUUUCGGUUUCCAUUAAUUUUUUAAAUUUUUACAAAAAUGGCAACCGCCGAUCAUCACAAGUUCCACGUUCUUGCCGUCGACGACAGCGUCGUUGACCGGAAGCUGAUCGAGAGGCUGGUGAAGGCGGCUUUCUCCGGCGACGAGGUGACCGUGACGGUGGUGGAUUCCGGGGCGAAGGCCCUCCGGGUGGUGGAGGAAACAGAGGUGAAUCUGAUCAUCACCGAUUACACCAUGCCCGGAAUGACCGGCUACGAUCUGCUCCGGGAGAUCAAGGGCUGCUCCGCCUUCAAACACAUCCCCGUCGUGGUGGUGUCGUCUGAGGACAUCCCGUCGAGGAUUCGCAGCUGCCUGUCGGAGGGCGCCGAGGAGUUCUGCCUCAAACCCGUCCGGCUGGCCGACGUCAAGCCACAUCUCUUGAACGCCGCCUGCAGAGGAAAGCCGGCGGCCGAACUGACUCCCGCAGUUUGCGGGACUGUUUGAUUCAUCCGAGUAUUUUUAGUGGUGUAUAUGUUGAAAUACGAGUUUAAGAGUACAAUUUUGCUCUGUAUGUGGGCAUAAAACGUCCAUUUGUGCAAGCUUUGAAUAUAUGGAGUAAUGUUUUCAAAUUUGUUUAAUUUGUUGGAUGUUAUUUGAAAAUUAGAAAUAUACGGUGGAAUAUUUG